CAGCAGUUUCCGCGUCCCCUUUAUCGCGUACACACACACACACACACACACACACAAACGCGUAUAAGCGAGUGUUGUAUACGCGAGUGUGUAUGUGUAUAUGAAUUUUUUUUUUCGUAUUCUCUUUCUAUUCCUUUCUUUCCAUUUCUCCGCCCGUUCGAUCGAAUUCGCCUUGCCCGCACACGCUCGCGCGCGCGCUCUCCGACUCGUUCAGUCAGUGUCCAUUCCGCAACCGGUACAACUGCGCCGCCGACACACCGCGAUAUUUGCCAAUUGAAAACUCGAAGACGCUCUAUAAGUGCUGCGCGUGCCGUUCGCGUAAGACUCCUGUAUAUUAUAUUAUUUGUCUGCCGAGUUUUCCAACCGGCCGACUCCGCCGCCGAUAUACGCGUCAUUGUUCGAUUUCUUCGUCUGCAUACCACACCAACGGCUGUAUAUUGAGUACGGGUAACUGUCCAACAACGAUGAGAGCUGCAAAAAAGUCUAAAUCGUAUUGUAACAGAUAAAUACCAUCAAUACAACAGGAAUGAUAUACUUUGGGAAAUCGUCUCUGUGGACCGCGUUGUUACUGUGGUUGUGGUUCGAGAACAAUGUCACCGGCGCAGACGACAACUACAACAAUAAUAAUGGCGUGCAUGAGGAGAAAAACACAGCUCACUCGAGGCAGAAACGUCUGCUGUGGAUCACCACGGACGGCCGCCUGGCCCUGCCACCCGGCACCAGGCUAACGAUAACGCCAUCGCUGUCCCUGCCAUUUGUCAGGUACCCACCAGACGGGUUCCUGUCCAACAUGAGCAUCAGCUUGCCAUUCACGAUCGACUUCGAUGGCUUGGGCCUGACCGAUAAUCAGAAUCCGUUCGGCGCCUUCCCACCGAUAUUGGCCAGAAGCAUGGGCAGGCAGAUGGGAUCGGUACUCGCCGACUAUGUGUCUCAACUCAUGGACGGCCGGAGAUCGACUAGAUCUGUUCCAACGUUACCCAAACCAAUACACUCGUACUUCCAAGGAGGUGAAAGAGCUCUGCUGUUUACCGUCGUCGAGGACCUGUUGACAAACUUCGGAAUGGACGGCAAAGCGUGUCUGCUCCGAGCCAUAUGCGAAGUUCACGGGCACCAGUCCAUACACAAAUUUGGUUUCAUCGGUGAAUUUCUUCAGCUGUUCCUCACGGCUAGUAGAUCUACGUACGCUGAUUUAAUGAAAGACUACGUGACUGCCGAAACCGUUGGCAAACACAGCAAAGAAUGUUACCCUUACUUUAAGGAAUGUCCAAAGUCGUUGUUCACCAACAAUCACAACUAUUCGAAAAACGAUCUGUCACCCGACGACGAGGACGAAGAUGGCGAAUCGGUGUCGGCCGACGACGACGAAGACGGUGGAGGCGGUGGCGAUAACUACAGGGACGGCAACGAGGUCGACGACGACCGUAGGAAGUCAUCGUCGGCGAGCGGCGGAUCAAAAGUGACGGUGAAUCCGGCACCGUUGGCCAUGUGACCCGGUUGAACGCAAUCACCCGGGUGAAUUUAUCACUCUCCGCCGCGUGCAAUGAUCGUUGAAUAAUCGUCUCCCGGACGAAUUUCGUUUGUAUAUAUUAUUUUAAGUGUGUGCGUGUCUGUGCGUGUCUGUGCGUGUGUGUACGUGUCCGGACACUUUCCCGCUGUCGGGUUAAAUCUACUCACGCGUUUUCUUUUUCCUCCGCUUCCCAUCCACGCCCACCCCGCUCCGUCUCACAAACAACCCCCAGCACCCCCCCACCCCCGUCUCACCACCACUCCUCCCCACAGCUCCGUAUAUUGUAAAUAGUCCAGAGGGACUUACAUUUUAUAUACAGACGUCUCUUCUUCAAGACCGCGCGGGUUCCGUGCAAUCGAGUACCAAUAUACGGUCUGUUAUAUUAUCAUAUUAUUUUAUCAUCGGACUCGUCGUGAUGCGAGUUCUCUGUACAAUUUACGAGGAGUUUUCUGCAACGCAAUCCCCUCGUCGACUGGCACACUUGGCGUUUUAUUCGACUGGCGUGCAAAUACCGUUAAAAAAUCGACCACCCGAAGAAAGGCUGUACAAUAUAAUACAGUGCCACAAAAUAAUCACGAUAAAAAAUGAUGCCCGGAAAUUCAGAUCCCCAAGUCCAACAACCGCUUAUUUAUUUUUAUUAGGUAUUUCUAUUAUUUAUUAAAAACGCAUCAUUGUUUAUAUUACACCGGAACACGCAUAAUAUUAUUAUUAUACGCAAUACACUGUAGGGACAUUCGAAAUUCACGUCGGAGGCGUCUUUUCCGAUGAUAAGCCGCUGCCCAGUGCGUAUCAUUAUAUUUUAUU